CAAGGCAUCAAUUUACUGAGGUUGCGUUGUUGGUUGUCGAAGAGAAGUAAGUAAGAGGGAAAGAAGAUGGAUGUAGAAUUACGAUGUCCGGCUUGCAGUGGGUAUUAUAAAUCCCCAAUCCUUUUACCUUGUUCACAUAAUAUUUGCUUGCCCUGUGCACAAAGUAUCCAAGUAAGUGGCCACGCGAGCGCUAGUGUUUAUUGCGAACAAACUACCUUGAAUGAAUUCGACUAUCCAGAGGCAGAUCGUCUGAGUGCUCUCAGUGAAGCAGACAGUGGUAUCAGUUUCGGGGCUUCAUCUGCCGGGUCAAGUUCCAGUUCUAGUUCAGGUGGUGGGGGUCAUCUGCAGAAUGACUCCCUCAGAAUUAUCUGCCCUCAGUGUCACAGAACAAUAUAUCUUGAUGACAGAGGUGUCAACAGUUUUCCUAGGAAUAAAAUCUUAGAGACAAUUACAGAUAAAUAUGUUCAAACCCGUCAUCCAGGGUCUUUGGAAGCUCAGAAGUGCCAGAUGUGUGAGAGUUCACCAGUUGAAGCAAAGGUUUAUUGUGAACAAUGUGAAGUUUGGUAUUGUGAAGGUUGCCAGAAAACUUGCCACCCAUCCCGCGGGCCCCUAGCUAAACACAAUCUGAUACAGGCAAGCAAAACCCAGGGGAAAGUGCGCCCCCAGAGUCAAGGACCUUCGACUUGCACAGAACAUGUAGAAGAAAAUUUAUCGAUGUAUUGUAUGCUUUGUAAGUUGCCUGUUUGUUACCUCUGUCUUCAAGAAGGGAAACAUAUGAACCAUGAGGUGAAAGCCCUUGGGGCAAUGUCAAAAAUGCAAAAGGUAAGUUCAACUUAA